AUGGAUCAGCGAAUAGCAAAGAUAAUCAAGGACAAUGUAGACAUAUACGAAGCUCUACAAGUACCUCCAGAUGCACCCGCUGAAGAAAUACGACGAGCGUAUCGAAAACAAGCAUUGCUCCAUCACCCAGAUAAGCAAACUACUCGCGGUGCCGAUGCCGAUGCCGGUGCCGAUGCCGAUACCAGCCAGUUCAAUCUUAUCCUCACUAGUUUCCAAAUACUUUCAGAUGCGAAUUUGCGUGGCCAGUAUGAUAAUCUACGGCGAGCCAAACUACUGAAAUUGGCUAGCCAGGCGCAUGUCGAUGGGUUAGUUAGGAGAUUCCAAGAUGAUUUGCUCAGUGGGGAGAAGAAGAACAACAACAAUAACAACCAGAGAAGCAAAGCUCCGAAUCUUGAUCAACUUCGAGAAGAUGGGAUCAAGCGGCGCCGGUUGCAAGAAGAUAGCCUCCGCCAGCGUUCACGAAAUGAAGCCACUUCGACCAUCCGCGAUUUCCCGCAGCUGUUUCCAUUAAAGUUGCGCCCCGCUACUUAUUCCGCUCAGCUCAAGUACAAAUACAAACCCGGGGUGGAAAUCGACGAGUCAAUCUUGAGAGAAAUCAUGGGCCUGUUUGGUCCGGUCAAGAAUGCCACAUUGGGCGAGCAAGAUGAACGAUACGCGUAUGCUACGAUCGAGUACGAUGAUGCUCGGAGUCUUCAACACGCACUCGAGUACGAUUAUUCGUCAGCUAAGAAAUGGGAUGGCACGCGCGUGCGCAAACUCGCGAGUCUACUACGCUCUUUCAAGAAAUUUAAUGGUGACGAUGGUGAUGGUGAUGGUGAUGAACAAAAAAAUUCAUCGCAACGCUGGACAGAUAACCCCGUUGUGAACGAGAUUCUUGACGAGUAUGUAAGAUCCGUAUCUGACAAGAAUAUGGCGUGA